UGUGAAUUUGCUUUUUCAUCAUUGAGUGUUAAUGAGUAAGUGAUUGAUCAAACAAACUCAAAGUGUACAGCAAGGAUACUGCAUACAUACCGACAGACCGCGUAUCAACAUAAUCUAACACUAACAGCGAGCUACGGAAGAAUCUCAAGUAAAACGUUUGAAAAAGUGAAAGGUUUUUUAAAGACAUUAGCUAGAAGGAUUUGUCAACUUGUGAUAAAAAGACACCAAGAGAUUUUAACUUUUACUAUAACAAACAAUGGAACGUCUAUUAUUUUUGUUGUUGUUUGUCACUGCCCAAGUAACAUGUAUUGCAGGUUAUGCAGAAUUUCCUGCGGCGGACUAUUAUUGGCCAAUGAGAGCCACUAAUAAAAGUUGGAUGGCGGAUCAGCAAGAAACAGGAGCAACAGCGGACCUACAUGGUGUGCGUUUCAUAAAUGUAAGAAGACUAGAGUAUGCAGCUGCAUUGGAUGGUAACAUCCAAUGGAUUGACAUGGAUGCUGGUAUUAUAAAAGACUGUUUGGCUUUCCAGUUUUCUUCCUGUAAUGGUGAACAAUCUAUUGCGUUAUCGUUUUGGUUGCGCAUACGUGGAGGUAAGCGUAUCAUAGCAACAGGUAGUUACACAAACUCAUCAGAAGGACCUGGUAUACUUAUUGAAUAUCAUAAAGACGUGGAUGUUUUAAAAGUUGAUUUUGCCAGUCCAGAGAAACACUGGACUGUGAAUGUGACUUUAAGAAGUUACAGUUGGUACCAAGUGACAGCUGCAUGGACAAUUGAAAAUGGCUUGCAUGUAGUUGUUGAUGGCAAAGUGGACAUUAAAAAUUCGAAAGAUGUACGUGGUGUUAAGAAAAAGAUUAAAGGCCAACCGUACACGAAGAUGAUAACAAUUGGUCGUCCAAUGAAUAUUGCCAAUACCAAAGCUUAUGGUAACUUUGACAUUGCUCAUUUGGUGGUGUACUUUCGAAGUCUUGCAGAUAUGGAGAUGAAAGAAACUCCAAAUGUUGCACUGAAGUCAGGAAAUGAAAAAGAAUUGGCUUGUUGUGUCAAAAAAGAAGCUGAUGAAUGUUACAAAAAUCCUUGUCUGAAGCGCUCCUGUUUAAACAUUGAAAAGAAAUACACCGAUUGCUUUUGCUUGGGAUUGAAGCAUGACAAAUGUGCAGCGUUUCCCACCACAGUGCCACCAACUACCACUGCAGCACCUACAACUGCAGAAGAAUCAUCGAACGAUUGUGAUAACGUUGAAGAUGACCAUGACCUAAAAGGGUGUGGCAACACCCUAAAUGAUCAGGAUGAACCAGAGUGCAAUGGUGAUCUAUGUUACUAUGGUGUUUGUCAUAAUAAGCAAAAUAGUGGACACUGCCAAUGUCCAUUAGCUUGUGAUAAGAAAGAAGAAUCGCCCGUGUGCGGGACGAAUGGGAUAAUGUAUGCUAAUUUAUGCAUUCUAAAGAAUGAAUCGUGCAUGUCACUGCGAAAAAUAGAAUCGACGAAUAACAAAUCCUGCUUAUAUCCUGUAUCUAAGGCGAGUCAUUAUUGGCCAUUUGAUAAAUGGACUUCAAAUGGAGAGACUAUUGACAAGAACGGUGAUGCACCGACGCUGCUUCAUAAUCAAGUCAAAAAUUCAUCGCAUUCACAGCUUGGAAAUGUGCUCCACUUAAGAAAAGACGCUUGGAUAGAUAUUAAGCGAAUAACCGACAAAUGCAUCUCUCAGUUAAAUUGUCCAAAUGGCUUGACUGUCAGUUUUUGGUUAAAUUUUGAAGGAGGUGAUUACAUUAUAUCUGGAGGAGGAUAUGCAGGCCAACCAUCAAAUCCACCAGGCUUUCACCUACAGCGAGACCCUAAAACAAAGCUGUUUCUUCUUGAGGUUGCCACUGUCACGCAAAUCUGGAGACUCCAUAUAGAUGACUUCCCAAAGCAAUGGCUACAUAUAGCAUUCACUUGGAAAAAGAAUGAUGGCUUGAAGUUAUAUUUAAAUGGUAGAGAAGAAUUAUCAACAAAAACACCUGUCGCGCUUCCAAAGAAUAAACGGGAUGUUAAAAUCAAAUACUCCAAUAAGAUAAUCUUAGCACGCUAUGAUUCGGCGAGAGAACUACCACAGAAUGGGAAGUUUCAAAUUGCGCAUUUAGCUAUUUGGAAGUACGCACUCACACCAAAGCAAUCCUGGAAAGCAUACGCAGCUAAUGUGAAGGUUGGACAUAGAGAUAAUGUACACUGUUACAAAAGAAAGCGUGCCAACUCAGUGCGGAAAACAUGUGGCCGCGUAAUUUACCCGGAAGAGUGGAAAAAGAUAAUCUCCUCUCCGUAUAUAUGUCCAGAAGUAGAUAUCAUGGAAAAGAAUAGAGAUAUUAAAUGUAACCAGAAAGCAUCAACAGGAAACCCCGUUGAUGCAUGUUACGAUAAAGAUGAAGAACUGUGUAAUUUGUUAGUUAAAAAGCAAACUGGAUAUUGCAGUUUCAACACUGCGCAAGGAUUGUGUGCAGCUAGUUGUGGUUAUUGCAAAGUUUUAGGUCGUGAACCUUCAACUGGUGCUUCAUAUAUACCACAAAAUCACAUUAGUCAGAAAACGUUGAUAUUUUCACUUCUUGGUUUGUUUGGUGGCUUAAUUCUUCUGCUAGGAGCAACAGUAUACUUUUGGAAAGUAUAUCGAACGCGAUAUCAUGGAGCUUUUGUACCCCCUGUCAAAACGGUUAGUUUGCUCGAUGUUUCAGACUAUGAAGAAGACAAAUGGCCGAGCAAAUACAUAGACUCUGCAGCGUUUUUUAUUAAAGACGUUCCUCCGAAAAAGAGAGCUCUACCAUUGAUACCAGCUAGAAUCACCCAAUCAAACGGUCACCGAUAUCAACCACCUGAUUAUGAAUAAGUGGUUUAUUUUUUGAAGCAACUUUUUUCUGAUAAAAAAGCCGAUAAACGCCGUACGAUAAAAAGACCUUAAUAUCGAUAGAAAAAUCGAUAAAGUGGAAGGCUCGUCCAGUUUACCGCGUAGAAUUUAGUUUGCUUUUCGCGUUAUGAUUUUGACGUAUAAAUGGUUGCUGUUUUGUUACACAAAAAAGACUUAUUUUCGAUUUCUUUUUGAAUAUAAUGUAAAAUAAAUUUGAUUUUAUACGCAUGCGAUGUUGUUAUUGUACCAUAAGAAUGGUUCUUGAAAGAAUUAUUAAUUUUCUUAGUGUGUAAAAGGUUUGGUUUAGGAAGCUUAAAAAUGAUUUCGAUACAGCACACGUCAACUAGCCCGAUACGAUACGUAUCGACACGAUAGGUAUCGAUACACUCCGACAUUUGAAAUUAGUAAGUUUUUAAGAUUUUUCUUAUUUCAAAGCAAAACGCAUUUUCUAUUUUUUAUUGUAUUCGUAACAGCUUUUUAAAAGGAUCGAAAAAAUUAUGGUGGCUAUAUUCUUUCUAAAAAAUAUUUCCAUAUGACGGUCCUAUUAUAUGACGUUGUCAGUUUAAAAUUUUUCUGUACAUUGUCCGAAGAUUGCAAUUUAUUUUCUAGUUUUUUUUUUCUCGAUGUAAAUUAUUGUAGAUAGCUACUAAAAGACAAAAUAACUUCAAUUUAAAGAGAAAUAAAACGAACACUGUAA